AUGUCAAUGUCUGCCUCUUACAAACCAUCACCGCUAUCCUUUGGAUCACCUCGAGCUUCACCAUUUCGAAGACCUGAAUCCCAAUCCCAAUCCCCCGCCCUUUCUCCUUCUCCUCUCAGACAAUCAACUCCGAAUCCAACACCUGUAUCUGCCAAGAAUAUGUUGACACCAAGUAGACUUGGUAAUACUGAUACCUCCAAUUCAACAAUCGAGACAGCUACGAGUAAAUGGACUCCUAGAGGUGUUCCUCCUGCGCUUCGUGAACUCGAGCCUUCACCUACAAAAGGCGCAAAUACAAGUCCGGGGUUUGGUGGCCCUUUGAAAGGUGCGGGUACGAAUUAUUCUAGUGAUAAUAAUGCGCUGUCGAAAUUAUCACCGGCGCAAGUCAGUGAAAUGAGGGAAGGUUUUCAGAUCCUAGAUAGAGAUAGUGAUGGACAAGUUGGUAGAGAGGAUGUCGCUGAUAUGUUAACUCAAUUGGGUCUCUCCUCCAAUGCUUCAGAAUUGGCUAAUUACUUUCCACCAUCCACUCCACAAACCGUCACACUCCCUACAUUUCUCAAUUCGCUAGCUACACAUCUAUCUACCCUUUCUCCAACCCUGGAACUAUUAGAUGCAUUCUCCGCAUUCGACGAGGACGAUAGUGGACAAGUUGAUUAUGCGGAAUUACGAGAUGCGUUGAUACAUACAGCUCCCGAUCCAGGCGUGAAAGCUUUAACGGAACGGGAAGUCGAUAGAGUUAUGGGUGGGUUUUCAGCACGAAAGGCUUUAUCAAAAUAUACAGGAGCAAUGGGCGGAAGUAGACGGCAAGAUGUAUUCAAAUACCAGGAGUUUGUUGCUAGUGUGGCUGGCGGGUCUGGACCGGACGGAAAAGGGGAAAAGGUUAACGAUGAUGGUGAUGAGUAA